CAGUUGGGAAUGAUAAUGGGGUUCGCACUCGGAAACAUCUGGAGGUCCCCCCGUUUAAGGGAGAUCAUUCCAGUAGGGCGGGCCGGACUUAAAUGGCGCCUGAGACUAAACUGGACAAGGAAGAGAAGAAACAACGGCCGUGCCAAGAAGGGUCGAGGACAUGUCCAGCCUAUACGCUGUACCAACUGUGCCCGUUGUGUCCCCAAGGAUAAAGCUAUUAAGAAGUUUGUCAUCCGAAAUAUUGUAGAAGCAGCUGCAGUCCGAGAUAUCUCUGAAGCGAGUGUCUUUGAUUCCUACGUGCUACCCAAACUCUAUGUGAAGCUUCACUAUUGUGUUAGCUGUGCUAUCCACAGCAAGGUGGUGAGGAACCGAUCCCGUGAGGCCCGGAAGGACCGCACUCCUCCUCCCCGGUUCAGGCCAGCAGGUGCUGCACCGAGACCACCUCCUAAGCCUAUGUAAGGAGAUGUUUUAAAAGAUGUCAAAUCCAAAUAUUGAGUCAAUAAAUACAUUUACAAUUGA